AUGUACGGAUUAACAUGGGUACUACUCGUCAUAACAAAUAUCGGUGUUAGUGGCCGUAUCACAGAUCUGAAUUGCACGAAAAAGAUGGGAGUGUUAAGUAUGUACGCCGAGAAUGCUGUCAACUGCAAAAAUCGCUACUCGGAUUCGGCUUGUCUUUUUCUCUAUACGACGGCGGUGAGGGAAGGAGAAGGUUUCGAUAGGAACCCAAGGUGUUUUCAGAAUCCGAAGACCGGGCAAGUGGACUACGACUUGGUGCAAAUGGCUGUUAACAGUUGCCCGAAAACAUGUGGAUAUUGCUGCAAAACUCCUGAAUUUAGCUGUGAGAAUAAGAGAAAUCCUCGUAUUGACUGCACAAAAGUGACAAAGGAACAUUGUCGAAGUCAAAUAUGGCGUCCAAUACUCAUGGAGGAUUGCCCAAAAGUUUGCGGGCUCUGCAGAGAGUUUCUGCUACCAAUACAUGCCCCAUUUUUUGAUUUUUAUCUGACUUGGUUUCGUUUAAUCUUUAUUGCUUCUGAUUCAGGUUGUGUCGACCUGGCACCCGGUUGUGGGCUGGAUCCUGAUAUUUGCAAACGUCCAGAAAUGAAUGCUUUCGUUAAGAUCAGCUGCAGGAGUACAUGUAGAUUAUGUUCAAUGAAGUCGGCUCCGCUCAGCUCAGCACUGAUAGAAGCACUCCUCGGAAUUCUGGCGACAAACUCAGGUCCUGCAUCUAUCCUAUCACUGCUAAAUGACACCCAUGGAAAGACACCAGGAAACCUAACAGCACACCCAGUCCCCCGAAACCUGACAACAGGCUCAAGUCCCGCACCUAUCUCAUCACUGGAUAUCACCCGUGGAAAGACACCAGGAAACGUAACAGCACACCCGUUUCCCAGAUUUCCGUCGACAAACUCAAGUCCUGCACCUGCCAAUCCACUGCUAAGUGGCACUCAUGGAAAGACACCAGGAAACGUAACAGCGCACCCAAUCCUCUGGAACCUGACGAAUGACUCAAGUCCGGCACCUAUCUCGUCACUGGAUAUCACCCGUGGAAAGACACCAGGAAACGUAACAGCACACCCGUUUCCCAGAUUUCUGUCGACAAACUCAAGUCCUGCACCUAUCUCGUCACUGAAUAUCACCCGUGGAAAGAAACCAGGAAACGUAACAGCGCACCCAAUUCUCUGGAACCUGACGAAAGACUCAAGUCCGGCACCUAUCUCGUCACUGGAUAUCACCCAUGGAAAGACACCAGGAAACGUAACAGCACACCCGUUUCCCAGAUUUCUGUCGACAAACUCAAGUCCUGCACCUGCCAAUCCACUGCUAAAUGGCACUCAUGGAAAGAUACCAGGAAACGUAACAGUACACCCAAUCCUCCGGAACCUGACGAAUGACUCACGGCCCGCACCUCUGAAUGUCACCUGUGGAAAAGCACCAGGAAACAUAACAGUAGGCCCAUUCACUCGAAACCUGACAAGAGACUCACGUCCAGCACCUGUCAAAGCUCUGCUAAAUGGCACCCACGGAAAGACACUAGGAAACGUAACAGCACACCCGUUUCCCAGAAUUUUGGCAACGGAAUCAAGUCCGCGUUUCCGAAAUUCAUUCCAUCAUUUGGACUCCAAGCAAAGCAGCAGGGAAAAACGGAUGCAAGCCGAACAGAACAACAAGAGCAACUCUCGAACAGCGUCAAAACCCAAAGGAGGAGGAGGAGGUGCUGCUGCAAGUAGGAGGCCAAUGCUCAGUUUAAUAUGGUUACUGGCCGUCACAAUGAAUAUCGAUGUUAAUGGCCGUAUCACUGACUUGAAUUGUACGCGAAAGAUAGGAAGGGAAAGUGUGUACACUGAGAGUGCUGUGAACUGUGAAAAUCGCUUUUCUGAAUCAGCUUGUCUUUUUAUGUAUACGGCAGCGGUGAGAGAAGGAGAAUCUAUGGAUAGGAAUCCAAAGUGUUUUCAGCAUCCGAGAACAAGGCAAGUGGACUUCGACUUGGUGCAAAUGGCUGUUGACAGUUGCCCGAAAACAUGUGGAUAUUGCUGUAAAACUCCUGAAUUUAGCUGUGAGAAUAGGAAAAAUCCUCGAAUAAAUUGUACAAAAGUGACAAAAGUACAUUGUCGAAGUCAACUAUGGCGUCGAAUACUUGCGGAGGAUUGUCCAAACGUUUGUGGAUUCUGCGGAGAAUCAGGAUGUAUCGAUCUCGCUCCUGGUUGUGCUGUGGAUCCUAAUCUUUGCAAACGUUCAGAAAUGGAUACUUUCGUUAAGAUAAACUGCAGAAGAACAUGUGGAUUAUGCUCAAAAAGGACUAUUACGUUUGAUCCAGCGCUUAUCGAAGCACUGCUGAAUGCCACGAAUGGAAUGAUGCCGGGAAGCGCUGCAGCAGAUCUACUUGCCGGGAUUCUUACAACAAACUCAAGUACAACCAUGAUAAAGCAAUGA